GCAUGCAUUGCGAGCCAAGGUGGAACCAACUUCUAAACAAUAAUAAUACCGCAAAAUCGUAUCUUCACGCAGAAAGCAGCUACUGCUAAGCAAACGCCGCCCGUGACGUGUUGGCCAGCUCGCCCAACAGUUUGCCAAGGUUUUCCCGUCUCUCUGCGAUAAGAAACACAUCCCUCGGCAACCUCCCCAAACUGUGACCUCCCGGCAGUGUGGUGCAUCUUGUUGCAAAGCGGCAAUCGGUCCGGUUUCGACUAGCGGACCGGGAAAAUUGAUACGAGGUUUUGUUUUGUUGGCUGCUAUUUGCGCUCCCGUUCGGACGAAACGCGAGAAAAACCGUCCGCCCCCCUACCGGGAAAACGGGUGGGGAACGCGGCCAGAGUGUGAGGUGGGGCAAAUACUGACAGUGGUCGCGUACGCAAACACGAGAUAGAGAGAAAGUUUGUGGAAAGUCUGCUGGUGCGGUGGCGUUUCGGCUGUGCUGCUUUGUGUCUGUUUUUCCGUUGUUGUUGUUGGUUGUUGUUUUUUUGGGAAAGUCUUGCUCAACCGACCGGAGUGUGUCGAGAGAAGAGUGUAGUGGGAAGAUAGGCGAAAAACUCAACGCCAUCGGCAACAGCAACCGUAGCAAUCACGCAGCAACCAUUCGGACCAGAACGUGCAAUGGCCGACGAUUACUAUGUGCAGAACAACUCGAACAGUGAUGACUCAGAGGUAGAACUGAACCUGAGCAGCCCGGAGCUGAAGGGCUAUCUGAGCAAGUGGACCAACUACAUACACGGCUGGCAGCCGCGCUUUAUCGUGCUGAAGGAUGGCACACUGUCGUACUACAAAAGCGAACAGGACAGCGACUUCGGAUGCCGGGGCGCGAUCAGUCUGCAGAAGGCAACGAUAAAGUCUCACGAGUUCGACGAAUGCCGGUUCGAUGUGGCAAUCGGACAGAACGUGUGGUAUCUGCGGGCGGAAACGCCGGAAGACAAAAGUAACUGGAUCGAGGUGCUGCAGUCGUACAAAACGGACCUGCCGGAAACGGUGAGCUUGCGGCGCCAUGGCAGCACCAUCUCGCUACAGUCCAACACACUGUCCACGGCGAGCGGCAGCAGCCUGAAGCGGGUGAGCCGCGGGCUGCGGGAGAAGCUGCACGAGAUCGAAACGUUUCGCGACAUCCUGUACGGGCAGAUCGACACACUGCAACGCUACUUUGACGCACUGCACACCAAAAACGAAGACCAACCGCCGCUCGAUCUGGGCGAUGGGCUGAAGCCGAUCGAUUUCCGCGGCGAGGCGAUCACGUUCCGCGAAACGACGGCCGGCGUGAUCAUAACGCUGCAGCACUGUCUCGACAUCAUCUCGCAGAAGGAGGAAAGCUUCAAGAAAAAGCUCGACAAGGAGCAGGAGCGGCGGAGAAAGGCAGAAGAGCUGUACCGAACUGCCAAAGAUGAGCUGGCAAAGAACAGGAACUCCGUUAUCCCGGGGCCAGAUUUAGAGGAAGGACCGCACUCCACCAUUCCGGAGGAUGAGUUCUUUGACGCGGUCGAAACGGGCCUAGACAAGAUCGAGGAAGAUCGUCAGCUGCGAGUAAGGUUGAAAUAUCAAUCGCAACAGUCCCAGAUAAGCAAUGUGAGUUCGUUGCACAGCCCCAGCGCCGAGACGGAGGACGAGAUACCGCAGCUGGCGGAAGACUUCGGUACCGGUGCGCAGGCCAAGAGCCACAAGCUGUGGCCCGAGAUCGAUCGGAUCUGCACGGAGCAGCUGACGCAGGCCCGGCAGGGCGUCGGCGAGGACGGCAACGGGUGGCAGCUGUUCGCGGACGAGGGCGAGAUGAAGAUGUACCGGCGCGAGGAGGAGGUGGACGGUAUGGUGAUCGAUCCGCUCAAGUCCUGCCACGUGGUGAAGGGCGUCACGGCCCGCGAGAUGUGCCAUUACUUCUUCGAUCCGGCGUACCGGAACGAUUGGGAGACGACGCUGGAGGAUGUGCAGAUCGUGGACAAUGUCGCACCGGACACGCUCGUCUUUCUGCAGACGUACAAGCGGAUCUGGCCCGCCAGCCAGCGGGAUGCACUGUUCUGGUCGCACAUGCGCCGCAUCACCGACAAUCUGGACGCUGGUGCGAACGACGUGUGGAUCGUGUGCAAUCAUUCCAAUCAGAACGAAGAGUAUCCGCCCGCUAACCAAGGCAAAUGCGUACGAAUCUAUCUAACGGUGAUAUUAGUUUGCCAGACCUACCUGCCACCGGGCAAGGACAGCAAAACAGCAACGCGAGAUGAUCUGACCUGCAAAAUUACCUACUGCUCCACUGUAAAUCCUGGCGGCUGGGCCCCAGCGACCGUGCUGCGCGCUAUCUAUAAGAAAGAAUAUCCAAAGUUCCUUAAGCGUUUCACCGGAUACGUUGUUGAUCAAUGUAAAGCGAAGCCGAUCAUGUAUUAGAAUCAUCGGCAACGGCACAGAAGUAGGUUCUUCGGUUGGUUUAUUAUGAGUUUUUUUAUUAUUAUUUUUAAGAUUUAAGGUAUCUAGAUGUUGUUAUAUAGAUAUGGUGUUAGUGUGUGGGUGUGUAUACUUACACACGGAAGUCACACGUUCGAUGCACUAUUUUCCUAUUCUUCUUGCUGCAGUUUCUCGGAGUUGUGCGGCUGUAUGCGGGAAAUGGGUAGGAAAAAUCGUGUUAGUUAAGUGGAUAGAGCAGACGAUAGCAGAGAGUGUGCGUACAUUUUUAUCCCGGAAAAUAGUUUCGGACCGUUUGGUAGGCUACAAGCGAGAGAGGAAGUGUGUCUGGUAAAGCUUUCCCAUAGCGCGCAGUAGUAUAUCGGAUGGACUCUCCCGGCCGGCACUCCCAACACCGGUCGAAUCUGUCGAACAUAUCUUGGAAAGUGGGGUUAGGUUGGGUUUAGGACUGGUCUGUGUCUACGUUUGUACCAUAGAUUGAGGCAUAUAUAGGGCUGUCCCCGCUGAAAGGGGAAAGUGAGUUGAGAGAGGCGCGUGCAGUACUGCCGUUUGUAAUAUUUCACACAACUAACACAAAGACAGUCAGCCCUGUUGCGCGAAAUUACUCGGAACAGUGGCUUUAGGUUUUAUUGACACUGCUCCCCGUUUGCAGCAGCGACAGAUAGGACAGCGAAAACUGAUGCGAAAUGCAACAAAAAACAAAGCAAACAAAAAAACACCCGAUCUUUUCCGUCAAACGACCUCCAUCUUCGCGGUGUUUCAACGCAGUGUGAAACAUUUCAAAGGUGAGCUGAGAACGGUUUGAAAUAUUUCAAAGCGUUCAGCGUCCCUCGCGGUUCGCGGGUUACAUCGGUUCCUUCCAGUGAAAAAUACGGGUUGAUGUUUGAUAUGUGUGUGAAGAGUUUUUUAAGGUGUGAAAGGGAAAACGAGCGAUGGAAAUCCACUUGCGGUAGAUCUGGUCCACAGGUCGAUCGACGUAAGGUGUAAAUUGUUGCGUGUUUGCUCUAGUGUUAGUUAGUAACAUUUAGCUUAUCGAUGCAGCCUUCUACUACUCCAGAUUUUUGUUUUCUUUCCUUCUCUUCCCGUUGCUGUCGUUGGUGAAGUGAUGAAAGCAAACCUGUGAGCAUUGUUAGACAAUGUACGUUGGAGAAAAAAAUAUAUAUACACACCGAGAGAAAGAAAAAAAAUAACACACAAAAACUGAAA